GAAACUAACCAAUCGCUUUUCACACAGAGAUCUCAACAUAAUCUAAAUAUGGUCAGGUUGUUACCAAAAAGCGAUUCUGUUAUUUCAUUCACACAUACAUAGAAGCUCAGUUCGGUUAACAGAGGAGGAAUAUAGAUCAUGCUUCUGAUAUUGGUGCUCGUUGGUCUUGCUGCUCAAUUUGUCUCGAAAUGUGACGCUUGUGCCGAUCCAUACACACCAAAGGGGAAAGGAAACGCUGUUGUUGCUGAAGUCGUGAACAAGAUCAAUAAUUUGGGAAUAUUUCCAAACGAUCACAAGUUUCUCUGCCGUGUAGCCUGGGUCGAGUCAAAAUACGGACAGGCACGUGGUACCUACAGGUCGGGGUACUAUGGUGGAAUUUGGCAGGUUGACAGCAUUGGUUAUCGUGAAACUGUCAUUCAGAAAAGAUUGAAAAAGUACUGGGACCAAAUCAAAGCUAGACUCGGCAUCGACUGGACCAAAACUCAAUGGCAAGACCUGGAAAAACCGCUGUACUCUGGACUGGCUGCUCGGCUAUUCUUGGUCAGGUUUCGAGCUCCUAUUCCAUCUGAUGUUCUUUCUCAAGCCCGGUAUUGGAAGCGUUACUAUAACACUUCAGCUGGGAAAGGAACUGUACAGAAGUUUAUUGAUGAUGUGGAGCAGGGAACAGGCUGUGUUGCCUAGAAACGAUGACCAUGGUUCAUGCAGUAGCUACUAGAGUGAACACUGGUGACUUUUUCGCUGUUUGCUCUAAAUUAAUUCGAUAACCGAAAAAUGGGCAUCGGUAUUAAUCCAAGAUUUUGCUUCCUUUAUUCAGAAUUGAAAUGAGUUUGUAAGAUUUAGCGAAUCAAAUACAAAAAUUGUAAGAAAAGCUAAAACCACGCGUUAAUUAUUUCGUAGCUUAAGUAAAUGAGUAAUGCCUGAAAUACCAUUAAAACGCAAGUUUCCAAUA